AGCCAGAUAUUCAUGAUAUGAGUGUGUUGUUCGUCCUCUUUCUUAAUCAACUCAUCAUAUCGUCAAAGUACCAGAAAUUCUUCCAACAAAUGAUUGUCCCGAAUGGCCCUAUAAUUUAUGGAAAGAGAAAAGACAGCCGCCAAUCUAAUUACCUCAACAAUUUUGUCCAACUUAAACACAUGAUGUAGACACGAAGCCUUAAGGGACCAUGCCAUAAUUCAUAAUCUUCUCAUCCAUUCCAAACUCUUCUUCUUCUUGAAAUCAACUGCGACUUCAAGAGUCUAAAUUUAGGCCACUUUCUUGGCUGCGGGCAGUCGGGAAUUGAGUUUCUUGAAUUGGGUUUUCAUUUUCUUGGAUUGAAGUUCAGUUGGGGAAGAUGAGUUUCAGGGAUGAAGUGGAGGAUGGGAGGGGGGAUUUGAGGAAGCCAUUUCUGCAUACUGGGAGUUGGUAUCGGAUGGGAUCGAGGCAGUCUAGCAUUAUGGGUUCUUCUCAAGUUAUAAGGGAUAGCUCUAUCUCGGUCUUGGCUUGCGUCUUGAUUGUGGCUUUGGGUCCUAUCCAAUUUGGUUUCACUUCUGGUUACUCUUCACCAACGCAGUCUGCUCUGAGCAAAGAUCUUGAUCUUACAGUCUCACAGUUCUCUUUAUUUGGUUCUUUAUCAAAUGUGGGAGCUAUGGUUGGAGCAAUAGCUAGUGGUCAGAUUGCUGAGUACAUCGGACGAAAGGGGUCUUUAAUGAUCGCUGCCAUACCUAAUAUCAUCGGUUGGCUUGCAAUAUCAUUUGCCAGAGACUUUUCAUUUCUCUACAUGGGAAGACUGUUGGAAGGAUUUGGUGUGGGUAUAAUCUCUUACACGGUGCCUGUAUAUAUAGCUGAGAUAGCACCUCAAAAUCUCAGAGGGGGUCUGGGCUCCGCGAACCAGCUCUCUGUGACAAUCGGAAUCAUGCUAGCAUAUCUGCUGGGACUAUUCUGUAGCUGGAGAGUGCUUGCAGUUCUAGGAAUAUUGCCUUGUCUAAUACUGAUACCUGGCCUUUUUUUCAUCCCAGAGUCUCCUCGGUGGUUGGCUAAAAUGGGAAUGAUGGAUGAUUUUGAAGCUUCUCUGCAAGUUCUUCGUGGAUUCGACACUGAUAUCACCCUUGAAGUAAAUGAAAUCAAGAGGUCUGUAGCUUCAACGAGUAGAAGAACGACAAUCCGCUUUGCAGACCUCAAAGUGAGAAGAUAUUGGCUACCUCUCAUGAUAGGAAUUGGUUUGCUUGUUCUCCAACAGCUAGCUGGAACUAAUGGUGUUAUAUUCUACUCCACUACUAUAUUUGAAUCUGCUGGAAUCUCAUCGAGCAAUGCUGCAACAGUUGGUGUUGGCGCUAUUCAGGUAUUUGCUACUGCAGUUUCAACAUGGUUGGUCGACAGAACUGGGCGGAGGAUUCUACUAAUUGUUUCGUCUUUUGGGAUGGCUCUCAGUCUCCUAGUUGUUGCCAUUGCAUUCUUUCUAAAGGGUUUUGUAGCCGAGGAUUCUUCAUUGUAUGGCAUAUUCGGAAUUCUAUCAGUAGUUGGGGUCGUGUGUAUGAUUGUCUCGUUUUCACUUGGAAUGGGUCCGAUCCCAUGGCUUAUAAUGUCUGAGAUUCUUCCACCUAAGAUCAAAGGCCUGGCCGGAAGUGUGGCGACAUUGGCCAACUGGUUCUCGUCGUGGCUCAUUACUAUGACUGCACCAUUACUGCUAGCUUGGAGCAGUGGAGGAACUUUCUCACUUUACACGGUGGUCUGCAUUUUCACGGUGGCAUUCGUUGCCAUUUGGGUCCCGGAAACGAAAGGCAAAACACUAGAGGAAAUCCAGCACUCCUUCAGAUGAGUCUUCUCUCUUCACAUUCCUACUUCUAAGCUCAAUAGUUUGUAGCUCUUUUGUGGUUGGAGCCCCGAGGUCAUUUUUGUAAUGUCGGCCACGUGUCGUGCGGGGGAAUUUCCUUUUAUGCCCUUUAUCUUCGGUCGGGGAAUUAUUCAAGGGUUUUUUUAUUUUAUUUUUAUAUCGAACACUCUAUUUGUUCUACAAUAAAUUGGCGAUGCUUGUAAGAUUCAUAGUAUUCAUGAAUACUCAUAAAUUUAGUGUCAAUAUGUACAAGUGGUUAUUGAUCAAACUUGGUGGUGAUCACAUAUUGAUCAUUUAAGGUGUACUCAUAUUUGAUGCAGUUGCUCAAUGUGGGGUCAUCUGAUUUACUUGAAUUUUUUACGGCAAAGGACAAUUGACCAAAACA